UUACAUGAGGUUGGACUAAAGCGCCACUCACUUUCUGUAACAUCAUGUUUAACCACGUACAUGUACGUUUUGCAAAGAAUCUAACUGGUUAACGACAAUGUUAACGACAGUGUGCUUCCAUAAGGUUAACGCCCACUCAUGGGAAGCGGAAGACGGACCAGCUCUCUGUUUGUUUCGAGGUCUCUUGCCGUAAACUGGAAGCAAUUGAACUCCAUUUCGAUGGCACAUCUGCAGUCAUCAUGGAUUGCCAUGGACGCUGGAAGCAGGGAAGGAAAAGUCACUGUCGCAGACAUGUAACGCUACAUAUAUAGCUGUUAUGAACCUCGAACAGCUGUGUAGAUUAAUCUAACGAUGGCAAGCUGGUGAAAGUAUUGCAGACCCUCGUGGGGAUAUUAAUUAGGCAGGUGCCCCUUCCGUCACGGUGCUCCCCAGCCGGUGUCUCUGCUGCCAUGGAGGUGGGCAGCCUCCCUGUGGAGCUCUGGAGGGUUAUCUUGGCCUACCUUCCUCUGCCUGACCUGGGCCGCUGCUGCCAGGUGUGCCGUGCCUGGCGGGAGCUCAUCCUCUCUCUCGACAACACCCGCUGGAGACAACUCUGCUUGGGUUGCCCUGAGUGCCGGCAUCCCAACUGGCCCAGUCAACCCCAUCUAGAACCCCCAUCCUGGAGAGAGGCCCUGAAGCAGCAUGCCCUGGCCACCCGCACCUGGACUCAAAAUGGACCAGAGCUCCAGUCCUCUGCCUGCCUCCUCUUUUUCCGUCGUCGAAAAGACCGCAGGGUUUGGCAUGUGGGCCCUGGAUGUGAGUUUGAGACCCUUCGCGGGGCUCUUGGGGUGGUAGGGCCAUACGAUCGCGUGGUUCUCCAUCCAGGGGUGUAUGAGGAGCAGGCUGAAGUUUCGCUGAAGGUGCCUGUGGAGCUGGUUGGGCUGGGACGACUGGGUGAGGUCGCCCUGCUGGCGUGCAUAGAGCAGCAGUGCCCCACUGCCAGGCUGUGUAAUCUGGUUUUCAUGCCGCCCUGGUUCUCCACUGUGGUAUAUAAGACAUCAUGGGGUCACGUCCAACUAGAUAACUGCAACUUUGAGGGGGCUCAGUUGCAAGUCCGCGGUCCAGGAACUUGCCAGGCUCGCUUCUGCUCCUUCUCACAAGGCAGUUCUGCCCACUUGCUGGGUGUUGUCCUCAGUUUAUUGGACAGCUGUGACUUCUCUGGAAGUGACACAGCUUCUGUGACUGUUGAAGGUCCUCCAGUUUCAGAAAGGAACUGGGCUUGCAAACACUUGGCUGCCCUGGCCAGGACGUUUCCCUCAUGUAGCGCAUCUGUAAACAACAACAGCCCUCCUAGAGGCCCUCUGGCUGGCUCCACUGGUGGGCAUCAGCCUCCAGAUGCCAAUCUUAAAAAGGAGCAUGUGCACAUAGACUACUGGCAGAGGAGGGCUGGGGUAGAUGCGGUGUGUCAGGGCACAGUGAUUGAAGACUGCUGGAGUGAUGGUGACUGCAGUGAGGGAGAGGACCGAGAUGGAGGAGGAACUAAGAACACCAAAAACCCAUUUACUUUGGAUUACAAAAUCCCAUGUGACCAUCAUGGCCUAUCCCAUUUGCUCAAGCCGCGGCAAGAUGGCUCUCUGCCACUGGCCUCCUCUCCGGAUCCCCCAUCUGUGACCCCUGAACUACUGACUUUUCAGCAGGAACUAGACAGGGACCCAGAGGCUCAAAUGUUGGCAACAUCCACCCUUGGCUGUAUACUCAGACGUUGUCUCUUUAGGGAAGGAAAGGGUGGCGUGCAUUUGUCUAAUUACGGACAAGCUCGGCUGGAGGGCAAUGUUUUCCGUGGCCUGAACUAUGCUGUCCGCUGCAUCCAGAACUCAACAAUAGUGAUGCUGAGAAAUGAGGUGUGUGAAUGCCGUGCAUCAGGUGUGUUCCUGCGCCUCUCUGCUCAGGGACUCAUCGCAGAAAACAACAUACACUCAAAUGGGGAGGCGGGGCUGGACAUAAGAAAAGGGGCCAACCCCAUCAUUGUGUGCAACAACAUACACAGUGGUUUGCGCUCAGGGGUUGUUGUCCUUGGCAAUGGAAAAGGUUCAAUUCGAAGCAACCAGAUCUAUAACAACAAGGAAGCGGGCGUGUAUAUUCUGUUCAGUGGGAAUCCUGUGGUCAGUGGGAAUCACAUUUUCCAGGGCCAGGCAGCAGGGAUAGCUAUAAACGAGAAUGGCAGAGGGAUGAUAACAGAGAAUGUAAUCAAAGAGAACCAGUGGGGGGGUGUGGACAUCCGUAGAGGAGGUGACCCCAUCUUGAGGAAUAACCACAUCUGUUAUGGCUACUCAGAUGGCGUCGUGGUGGGAGAGAGAGGCCGCGGACUUAUUGAGGGAAACCAUGUCUACUGUAACAAAGGCUGUGGUGUGUGGGUUAUGUCAUCCAGCCUCCCGCAGCUCCUGAGAAACUACAUCACCCAUAACUGUAUGUAUGGCCUGGCAGUGUUCUGCAGGAAGGACCCAGAGAAUAUCGAGGCCAGGGAGGGGAACUGGCCAGGGCAGGAAGGUAUUGGUGGAGAAGGAGGUAGUGGGGAAAGGAGGGGGGUAGAAGGAGAAGGGAGAGAAGGGCAGGAGAACUUGAAUGAAGAGGGGGAGCUGUUUGCAUGGGAGAGCGAUCUGGACAGCGAGGAUGAGCGCCACUCUGCUCGUCGUUCCAUCAGUGUGGCCCUCGUGGAGAGCAACUGCAUGAACUACAAUGGAGCAGUUGGACUGUAUGUGAAGAGCAGUGAGCCCCUGAAUGUUUUUGCUAACCUCAUAAACAAUAACCAUGGCAACGGCAUUGCUGUGCUGCAGAGCAGUCAGCUGACCCGACUCGUCACAAAUUGCAUUCUUGACAAUGGACGAGGUGGCGUCAUGGUGGAGAAAGACUGCCGAGUGGAGCUUCGAGGUAAUGGUAUCUAUAAAAACAGUGGUCACGGUGUCAGUUUCAGUGGCAACGGGCAGAUCGUGGAGAAUGAUGUGGUUGGAAACCGUGGUUACGGGAUCCAGCUCUCUGGCAGCGCUGACAUCAAGGUGAUGCGCAAUCGUGUCCAACCGGCACAGGGCUGUGGCAUUGCUGUGCUAGGGCCAGUAAAAGGUGUUGUCCAUGACAAUAUCUUAUUUCAGGGCCACCCUGGAAAUAAAAAAACACUGCUACAUAUGGAGCCUGGCAAUGAGAGCUGUGUGUUGCGCAACAACAGUGUGCUAAGGCAUAACAGCUGUACAUCUGCACCUCCCUGGGUUUUAGAAAAUCCUCCACCUCGUCCACUGGCCAGCUCCCCUUCUGGUCUGUCCUCGUCCCAGUAUCCAUCCAGACUUGGAAUUUCCAUGACGAACAGGAUCAGCGCCACUGUUGAAAGCGGUUGUCACAGUGGCAGCAUGUUCUGCUCCAUCCUGUGAAUACUGAAGAGCACUUACAAAACCCAUAUGAAUGCCUUUCAUGAGAGGACAGCAUCUGGUCACUUUCAAACUGAUGUACAUCAUACAGUACAUGUGGAGCACUCUGACCUUGUGAGAGGAUACCCUUCUGUCAGAGUAAUUUUACAAGAUGUAAGCGGCUGCUCUGACUAUAACCACUGAAGGGGCUAUCCACCAUCAAAGGUAGCAAAUUAUUUUGUAAAUCUGAAAACAGGCUGUUGUAAAUUUUAUGACAGUGUUUCGGUGCACUCAUCAUGUGGACUAAUGAAGUGAAGCUGGAGUACAACACAUUGAAAUCAAACAACCAUUUCCAUAAUGAAGUUUUAACUUAACCAUGUUCUUUUACAUGCAGAUUUCAUAUACAUGUAAACAACUGCUGUAAAUUUUGUUGGUUUUGUUAGUUUGCUUCUGAAACUCACUGAUUAGGAUGUGCACAUUUCUAAAUCCUAGCAGGAGCCAGAGUUGAUGCCAGCUUCAACCAUGUUACAAAGUAAAGCUGUGCCUUGUUUGACUUUUUAAAUCAAAGAUUGUAGCUAGGAGAGCAGUUGUCAUGUGUGAGGUGUAUAUGCAAGAAUGAAAACAAAACAAAACAAAGCCAAACUUAAGCUUUUGCCUUUUGCACAGAGCUGCUCUGUUUCCUGGCGAGUUUGUGUUUUUGCAUCAUGUCCUCCAUGUUUUUAAAA